AGUUCAGUGCGGAGUGCGGAGACGGCGCAGCAUUGCUGACCGGCUGCGGUCGAGGAGAGUGUGGCGAGAUAUUAAGCCUUAAAUAAUAUAAAAAUGGAAGGAAAGAAGGAAAACGGGAAAGAAGUGAAAUACUUUCGUCUGGAAGAAGUGGAGCAACAAAAUUCCUCCAAGAGCACUUGGAUUAUUCUACAUCAUAAAAUUUACGAUGUCACUAAAUUUCUGGAAGAGCACCCAGGUGGUGAAGAAGUUCUGCGGGAGCAGGCAGGGGGCAACGCCACAGAGAGCUUUGAAGACAUAGGCCAUUCUUCGGACGCCAGAGCUAUCGCCAGCACAUACGUCAUUGGCGAACUCCAUCCCGAUGACAGACAUAAAAUUGAAAAGCCAACGGAAACGUUUGUCACUACACUGAAUGAUAACUCAAGUUGGUGGACAAACUGGGUGAUUCCUGCAAUUGCUGCUGCCUUUGUCACUGUGAUGUACCGUUUGUAUGUAGCUGAGGAAUAAAAUUGACAAAUGUGAUUGCUCGCACAUAACCACUAGUUUCAAUUGCUGUAGUAAUGUGAAUGAAUGGUGGAAAAUCACCCGUUUGCUUCAACAUUAACAAGUGCCUUUGAUUCCGUUGUUUUUAUCAGCAAUGCACUGUAUAUGAAGGCAUUUCUUUUCACUAAACCAGAGUUUUAAAGCCUUGGUUCUGGUGAGCUCAGAUACUGUUACAGAUUUUUGCUACAGCUGAGGUAAUUUACUGAACUGAGCCCUUUGUUGAACUUUGUUGGAAUUUAACAAGAACUAUUUUAUUGUUUUCUGCCCUGAACUGUUAAUGAUUUAAAGUUGGUUAUUAAAUUUUAUAGCUAUUUUUCAGCUACUUUUAGCAGCUGAAGCUGAUGUCUAAUGAAUCAAAUUCUUAGUUCAUUUAAAGGUUUAAGGUGUAAUUGAGGAUUCAGUCUUAUUUAGAAUGAAAAUCAGCAGACACUGGAGUCACCAGCGUCAGGUUUGGGAAACUCUGUUCUGGAGAUAUAAACAUUUAUGUAUACAGCCACAUACAAAAGUAUUGUUACCCCGUUCAGAGCUCACUAACUGUAAUCUACCAAGUCUGCACCCGCUGGGCAAAAGAUUGACUUUAAAGUAGUGAAUGGUAAAUUGAGAUUGCUAGUAAGAUAAUACAUACUAGUAUUUUAGCAGAAGAGGGACUUAAUGUGCUGGAGGAAAAAGAUUGCUACCACACGGGUCUCCAGUAUUGUUAUGCUCUGUUGCUGAAUGAGUGCUUUGAUACUCAACUUAAUACUCCUGGCCUCAGUUGAUCUUUUUGUAGUGUUCCAUUUGUAAUUCUGUAGCAAACAUAGUGAACACAUUUUAUAAACAAUGUAAAACAUGCAAAAGAAAUGUUUAAAUCCACAAAGUUAACAAAUGGCAAAGUAUAAUUCGGCCCAGUAAUAAAACUGAAAGCUCUCAAAAUGGUGAAAGCCAGCACCACAUUGCUGACACACAAGAAAAACAGCAUUCCUCAAUUAUUUUUUACCAUUUUCUGCUGAAAAAGUACAAUGAAUAAACAUCAGAUGGAGGAUGCCAUAUAUUUAUAAUCCCAAUCCCAUGUGCCGCUCUCCCUGCUGUGUUCUUUUAGGUUCAAUUUCAAGUUGAAUAAGCAGGGAAAAUGUAUCCUGCAGCCCAGAACUGGAUUGUGCAUUAGCUCAGCCACAGGUACAGACUCAGCAGAACAGAAUUCACCCGUUAUCUGUACUGUUAUUUACAAGGAUGAAUUAUUGCAAACAAGCAAGUGUAAUUUAACAAAUAUAUUAAGGGUAUUAAUAACUUUGGAUGUGACUGUGUGUAAAUAAAUAAUGAACUAUUCCUUUACCUACCUAUGUACAUAUACAAUAUACAUACAUAGAAGUAGGUAGAUGGAUAGGUCAUAACUUAACAAAGAUUGUAUUAAAUUCACACUGUAUUAAAUGUACAAGAUAUAAUAUGUGAACGUUCUAGUUUCUCCUCAGCAGUGUAAUCCACAUGAAUUGUUCAGUGCAUGUGAAGAAUGUAAUCAGAUUGUGACAUUGCCAUGCUACUGAGCUUGUUAAAUCAUGUCUUGCUUAACCCUUAACCGCAGUACAGUUUGUAGCAUAAAAAUGAUACUAACAAUUGAAAAGGCAGGCUAUCUCUUUUUUUAAGAAUAUAAUUAUAUUUGUAAAAUAAAUUUUCAUACACAUUAAGAAAUGCAAUAAACUGUAUGUACAGUACUUGGUGCUUUUAUUUUGACAUUUUAUUUUAAACUAUUUUUUAAUAACAAGCUUAUCCACCUGCAACCUGCUACAAACAGGGUCUCUGCAUCUCCUUACUUGACUUGGGAGAGUAAUACAGGGAACAGCGUGCAUCACAAAAUCAAAAUAUAAAAGCAGAAAGGCUUACGUUUUGUGGUGGGGUGAUGUAAGAUGGAGUCCUGAGAAACACAAAUUGAGUAGAACACAUUUAUUUCUCUGAAUUUAUUGUAGGGAACGUGUUUAACAAGACAUGCCUAGUUGAAAAAUAGAUGGGGAACCUUAAAUAUUUACAUGUAUCUUUUGCCUUCUCCAUUGUAAUAUUAAAGUGGUGUGUUGUGAGCUUUUUGCUGGAAAAAAAGUGUCACAAAGUUAUGAAAUUUGAAAUGUGUGCAUAUCGGAAUACAAACGAGUAGAGCGAAUGUU